UACACAUACAGACGUUUAAACAAAGACACACGCAGACGACAAGGUAACACCCACACGUUUACAAUCCUCGUCUGGGUUUUUCCUAUUUGCGUAGCGACCGUUGUAGAAGCCAAACGUUUUUCCGAUCUGUGAAUAUACUGAACUUUCAAGAGACCGAAUACCUUCAGGCUGAAUUCGAAAUACUUUGAAUUAGACAUGGAUGUAUAUCAGAAUAUUAUGGAAAAAAUUUCAAAUGGAGACCUACAAGGCGUCAAAAGAUAUUUUUUAGAUUGUCCGAUAAACACUAACGGGACGAAUUCACUGGGUCAGACAUAUCUGAUGGCUGCUUCUGAAUGUGGCAGCACAGAUAUAAUCAACUUUCUGAUUGAUGCCAGAGCUGAUUUGGAGAUGAGUGAUGUGAAUGGCAAUACAGCUUUACAUUAUGCUGUGAGGUGCCGUCAAAUCUAUGCUUUGGAAGUCUUAAUAUCGAGAGGCAGCGAUGUCAACUGGGAGAACAACUAUGGCAUGGCACCCCUCAAUUUUGCUACGUUGAUGCGGAAUGAAUGGCCAGAUGGCGUGGCAACGUUGUUAGAAACAAGAGGCAAGAACAUCAUAAAGGUGAACCAACGAAAUAACGAAGGUUUCGCACCUCUCCACUAUGCUUGCGCCCUUGGACACAAAGACACAGUUCGCCUCUUAUUGAGUCACAAUGACAUUGACGCCAACGCAAACGGUAGAGAAGGUAACACACCUCUACAUCUGGCAGUUCUAAACCAACGCUCUGAUGUGGUCACUCUGAUGGCGUCCCAGGAUUCGGUGAAACUGGAGAGCGAGAACCAUAUUGGUAUGACUCCGUUGCUUGAAGCCGUCUCCCUGGGUCACCUCGGAAUGAUGUUCACGUUGAUAGACAAGGGUGCAAAAAUAAAUGCUGUCAACAAUGAAGGCAAUAACUGCCUUCACUUGGCCUUGAAAAGAGACAUAUUUCAUUCUGAGGUGGAGUACAUGGGUGUUUUAGAUAAGUACUCCUUUAAGCUCUCCCUGAAGAAGAAGGAUAGGCUCUCUAGCAGGGUCGUUGCUAGUUACCUAUCCGAUUUAGGCGCAAACCUUCACCAUCCAAAUGGAGAGGAUGUGACCCCACUGGACCUCAUCGAUAACCCAAAUCUGAAAGAAAAAGUAAAAGCCCUUUUACGACCUCAAUGCACAUAUUGUGAAGCUAACGCCCCUUCAAAAUUCACACCAUGUGGACAUACUCUCCUGUGUCACGACUGUUAUAUCAACAUUGCUUGUGAAAAAUGCCCCACUUGUAAACAACGUAUUGAGGGAAGUGAGCCUCAAAUGUCGAGAGGGGACGUACUGAAGACAUCACAACAAGUUGACACUCCAAUGCUUGGGACGUUCCGGAAGAUGUCACAGUCUGAGCCUUCUACAUCACAGCCUGAGCGUUCUACAUCACAGCCUAUGCUUUCUACAUCACAAUCGAUGCCUUCUACACCACAGCCCAAGCGGUCUACAUCACAGCCCAAGCGGUCUACAUCACAGCCUAUACCUUCUACAUCACAGCCUAUGCCUUCUACAUCACAGCCUGAGCCUUUUACAUCACAGUCUGAGCGUUCUACAUCACAGCCUAUGCCUUCUACAUCACAAUCGAUGUCUUCUACAUCACAGCCCAAGCGGUCUACAUCACAGCCUAUACCUUCUACAUCACAGCCUAAACCUUCUACGUCACAGCCUAAGCGGACUACAUCACAGCCAAUACCUUCUACAUCACAGCCUGAACCUUUUACAUCACAGUCUGAGCGUUCUACAUCACAAUCUAUGCUUUCUACAUCACAACCUGAGCGUUGUACAUCAGAGCCAGAUGAUUCUCAAAAGCUGGAGGAGAGGGACCUCCUUAGGGUGGCACGUCUAUUAGGUAGUGAAUGGUGGCAAGUGGGUAUUUUCUUGGGAGUUAAAAGUGUCAAACUGGGACACAUCCGGCAUGACUUUUCUGGUAAUGUUCAAGAGCAGAGCUUCCAGAUGCUGCUCUACUGGUCAACAUAUUGUGAUCCGCAGGAAUUUACGGUGGAUACAUUGAGGGCUGCUCUUGAGGAUGCUGAGUCCUUCGCUGCACUAAAAUGUCUAUCAUUACAAGAAAAGUGAAUCGUGAAAAUGUUGUUUAGUCCCAGAUCAGCCUUCACCAAGUAAUGAUCUAUGAUCGAAAGUCUCCCAGUGAUCAAACGUAAAAAGCUACAGUAACACCCCCGCUUUGUGGUUAGCCAUACUGAGAUGGCUUUUAUACUUUACAUCUCUAAAAAUGCUUAUAUAGUUAUUUCCCUUACAAACCCGAGCAACGCCGGGCGAUACGGCUAGUAUACUAUAAGUUAAAACAUCAGGUAUCAUUAAAAUGAAAAUGUGACCGGUUUGAGAAAAUCGGACUUCAGAUUCGUAAUCAGCAUCGAAAAUUAACCCAGAAAAGUCAAUCAGCAACUCUGAUGAUUAAAAAAAAUGUUUCAUUUUGUUGAUCAGUGUAAUUAGAGAGAGAUGCAAUAGAUUAGCUUUCAGAAACAGACUACGUACAAAUUCUUUCCUCAGAACUCCUGAAGUUGUUAUAGAUUAUGCCUAACAGAAAACGAUCACAGCCACAUCAUCCAAACAGACCGGGUGAAACCGGGCUUAAC